AUGACUAAAUCUACAAGGUCAAACUGCACAGACUUACGAGGCCCCCUCCCAGCUCCAACGCGACCUCGCGGCGGCAAAGGAGCUACAAACCCGAGUAGAAGGCCUCCAGAUGACGACCAUAGCGCGCAAGGGGACAGCAGAAACCUCGACCACGAGCCAAGAAGCCCGAAUCAGAAUACGGAGAAUCAUACGGCUAUGGACGUGGACGAGCUCGAACCAGAAUGCUCGGUAGCUACCCUGAAACGCCCUAUCACGCCGGAGAUUCGAGUCCUCUCGAGGAGGAUCAAUCAAACUCCGGGUGAAAGAGCACGUCGGGCUCUGGAGCAUAAAGAACUAAUGAAGUUCAAAAAGAACCAACCCGGAAAGAAACAGAGUUCGAACACGACCAACUACUCCGACCCAGCCAAAUGGAGGAACGUAGCGGACCUUCUCAAAGUAGCCGCCGGUCUCUACCAGAACCUCAAUUAA